UCCUCCCACCAGCUGAUUCGAUUUGAUUAAAAUGAUUAAGACGCAGGUGCACCUCGAGGCUGCAUGUACCGCGUCACUCUCCUCCCAGCUUACGAUUUUCUUUUAAACAAACAACCUUUUGUUGUUUUCUAGAUAUUUUAUCGCGACGUAACCUCCCUGGGGCACAAAAGGAGGUCCCACCGCGCAGUUAUAAGUUUGUAUUAGUGUAACUUCAGAGAAGGCGGAGUUGAGCUUCAAGCCAAAUCGCAGAGCUGGACCUGUUUGUUCAUAAACACCGGAUUAAUUCUCUGGAAGAGAAGAGAGGCAAGAGUUGUACACCCAUGAUGGAUGGUAUUUUGGAUAAUCUCUCAAAAACAGAGUUCAUUAGUAUUUGUGUUCGAGAUCCAAAGCUCCACAAAGAUGACCUCUGGCACGCACACAUUGAUUAUGAGAUUUGUCUACAUACAAAUAGCAUGUGUUUCCGAAGGAAGACUUCCUGUGUGAGGCGGCGUUACAGUGAGUUUGUUUGGCUACGACAAUGUCUGGAGCAGAACGCUCUGAUCAUAGAUUUGCCCAAGUUGCCACCCCGGAAUCCCUUUUUCAGUCUAAAGGACAAAGUCCAAGUGAACCAGAGGAUGAUGGGCUUGCAGGAAUUCUUAGAAAAUGUUCUUCAAAGUUCAUUUUUGUUAUCCGAUAGCCGGCUCCAUCUAUUCCUUCAGUCAGACCUCAGCACUGCAAAAAUUGAAAAGUGUGUUGUUGGUAAGACUAGGUACACAGUAGCGGAGGCCAUCCAGCGUUCCAGCAAUGGUUGCAUCAGUAGUUUAGAAUACAAGGCUUCUUGUGACUCAGACUGUGAAAGCUCUUCGUCAUCAGGCCUGGGACUGAGCAUUGACACUCCAGUGCGAGGGAGUCCUAUCUCCUUCCUCCAUUCAUCUGAGAUCCAUAGCUCUUAAGCUGAUGCUCUGUGCUUUCGGGGCCCCCUUGAUGAGCAUUAAUGUGUAGAAGUGAUACUGCUGUAUCUCUAUAUGUGGAGCGCAUAAAACUGUUUGGUCCACUGAGCUCUUGUCAGUUGUGAAUUCCAAAGAGCAAAAAUCUUGUUCACUUUUUCACUUGGACUUUCAUUUUUAAUACCUUGCUUCAAUGUACUCUUAUCUCAAAACAUUUUAGUCAUUUAAAUAUGUACAUAAAAAAUGUUCAUGUUUUAAAAAAAUACCUAUGGUAAAAUGUAUAUAAUGUGAAUUUCGUAAAAUCUAUAUGUAUAAUGAAUUCUUAAAGAUUUCCUAAUGUAUAUUUUAUCCCAGGAUUAAAGCUGCACUAAGGUUAGAAAGGCAUGUUUUGAACUGUAGACUUUUUUUUAUAAAUUCAUUUGCCAAUACUUGUAUCACUUAUUA